GAUGGAUUGCCGCUCGAUGAGGACGGGGAAGGCUUUGACGUGGCCGAGGAGCUCGGCCUCGAGGGUGCCAGGAUGCGACAACCGGCUUUCCGCAUGACGCUGGCUGAGCUCCUUGACGAGAGCAAGCUCGUCCCGGUGGCCGUGACGGGCGACCAGGAUGUCGCCCUCGCAGGAGUGCAGCGCGACGCCAGCCUGGUGGCGGCCGGCGACCUGUUUGUGUGCGUGGGAGAGGACGGGCUCGCGGGGCUCACCGAAGCCGACAAGCGUGGGGCCGUUGCCGUCGUAGCUGAUCAGGACCUCAACAUUGAGGGCACCCUGGCCUGUCGCGCGCUGGUCAUUGUAGACGACAUUUUGACUGCGCUCCGGGUACUCCCUGCCUGCUUGUACAGCCGGCCGUCGAUGAACAUGGCUAUCAUAGGUGUCACUGGCACAGAUGGCGUAACUACCACAACUCACCUCGUGAAAGCAAUGUACGAGGCUAUGGGGGUGAGGACUGGCUUGGUGGGUGUUCUUGGGACCUAUGCCUUCAGCAGCAACAAGCUCGAUGCACGCCCUGAUGCAUCUAGUGACCCCAUUGCUGCGCAGAAGCUGAUGGCAACAAUGUUACACAAUGGCACUGAGGCAGUGGUGUUGGAGAAAGGCACUGAUGGGAUGCCUCCAUCUGGUGUGGACAGUGAGAUAGAUUAUGAUAUUGCUGUUUUGACUAAUGUUAGGCACACUGAUGAAGAGAAUGGCAUGACCUACGAGGAGUAUAUGAGCAGAAUGGCCUCUCUUUUCUCCAGAAUGGUGGACCCUGAGCGCCAUCGUAAGGUGGUGAACAUCGAUGAUCCAAGUGCCCCAUUUUUCGCCGCACAAGGAGGGCAUGAUGUCCCUGUGGUAACAUAUUCAUUUGAGAACAAGAAGGCUGAUGUGCACACGCUUAAAUACCAGCUUUCCCUGUUUGAGACGGAGGUUCUGGUACAGACACCACAUGGGAUCCUCGAGAUCUCCUCUGGGCUGCUUGGAAGAGAUAACAUCUACAGCAUCCUUGCAACUGUGGCAGUUGGCAUUGCAGUGGGUGCACCACUGGAGGACAUAGUCAGGGGCAUAGAAGAGGUGGAUGCGAUCCCAGGUCGGUGUGAGCUAAUCGAUGAGGAGCAAGCCUUUGGGGUAAUCGUUGAUCAUGCAAGGACACCAGAAGCUCUGUCAAGGCUUCUGGAUGGUGUAAGGGAGCUGGGACCACGCCGGAUUGUCACUGUUGUUGGAUGUUGCGGAGAGAAAGAAAGAGGGAAGAGGCCCGUGAUGACAAAGAUCGCAGCUGAUAAAAGUGAUGUUGUCAUGUUGACAUCAGACAAUCCAGCAAAUGAAGAUCCAUUAGAUAUCCUAGAUGAUAUGUUGGCAGGUGUAGGCUGGACUAUGGAAGAAUACUUGAAAUAUGGUGCUAAUGAUUAUUACCCACCCCUUCCAAAUGGGCAUAGACUAUUCCUACAUGAUAUUAGAAGAGUUGCAGUUCGAGCUGCUGUUGCAAUGGGUGAACAAGGCGAUGUGGUCGUUAUCACUGGCAAAGGGAAUGAUACCUAUCAGAUUGAAGGCGAUAAAAAUGAAUUUUUUGAUGACAGAGAAGAGUGCCGAGAAGCAUUACAAUACGUCGAUCAAUUGCACCGAGCUGGAAUAGACACCUCAGAGUUCCCUUGGCGGUUACCAGAAAGCCACUGAUUUUGAUUUAGGCAAGAUAGUCGAGUUUAUCAACUGAAGAGCAACACCAGACUCCCAAUUUAAAGAACGUGUGCUUUUUUAGGAUUUGAGGAUAUGAUAUCCAAGUCCUGCAAGAAAAUUACUCCUUACGUGCUGAGUUUUCUAACCCAAGUGCUAAUGGCUAACAAAUUGCUAGCUUAUCAGCUAUUCAGUUACACUGCCAUACUAGUUAGUAGAUAACCAGAUGGCCCAGUAAAUGUUGUAUUAGUUCAUGCACGUAAAUGAGGUGUAGCUGUGAAAGUAGAUCGAUGAAGGUUCCUGAUGUGAAAAAGUCAAAAGACAAUGUAGGAGCUUCUGGGUCACAGUUUCAAAAGAUUUUGUCCCUUGGCAGUGAUUGUAAGAUCUUUUGGAAGUUAUGCCUUUUGUUGUUCUGCCAUCU